GGGUCCUGAGUACCUGGCAAGCUGCCCAUUUGACUUUUGCUCACCGUUCUCACUCAUGAAGGCACGGUUUUUCGUGCAGCACAUGGGCAGGGCCGAGGGUGCUUGGCGUGGGACGCUAACCCCCGUUGUCGCCUGCGAGACCGCAACCCUGCGUUUCCCUACCUCUGAGCCUCCUUCAGCCCGCCCACUAGCCUAUCUUUCUCUCCCCUCCAUCGCAAAAGUAGCACCACGAUGCUGCUCCUCCAGCUUCUUUCCCCCUUGUGCUUCGCCACGCUCGUCUUGUUUCUCGUCGGAGACCCCGCCACGGCCGCAAGCAUCAGUACCGUAGCCGAACGCGCUGACUGCAGUACGGCGUACCACAUUAUCACGCUUGACGGCAACUUCAAGUACUGGAAGUUCACCUCUCUCAACUCUACGGCUGGGCAGAAUUAUCAUAACAAGAUUUGCUCUGGUGGGGCGGAGGGGUAUCUGCAUUCAAAACCCAAGGUCGAAGGCAACUUCAUCGGGCGACUCUUCAUGCACUGCUCCACCGGCAAGGAGGGCUACAUCGACUUUGGCUUCCGUGCUAGAGGACUGAGCAUCGCCAAACCAAGUGGAGCUGUCUAUGGGCACUUCAGUGGAAAUCCUUCGACCUUCAAUGUCGGAUAUUACGCUAUUUGUAACUACACGGCGUGAGACGAGGAUGCAUGAGCUUAAGAGGGAGAAGCCACAUCAGGGGCGAGGCUGCUCGUCAUCAUUCUUCAGAGCCUCUGCUUGGGCGAAGGCUGUAGGCACGUCAAGAUGGAGAUUCAACACAGCCUUCUGCUAUCUGGUCCCCGCGUGAUUUUCACUUCACGUCAUUUCUCGCUAGCG